ACUGAGGAGGUCCUCCCGCAUUGUGUGCACCCAAAAAAAUCCUACUUCUUCUCACAGUUACCACCAUGGCACAGCUCCAUCCAAAGCCAUAAAAACCACUGCAACAACUAGUCAAUGAGAGCUAAGGCUUCCAAGCUCUGAAUUUUAAGGAUGUUGGUGCCAGCUUCAGUUCAGAUGCCUCACACCAUACGACCUGUUGCAAGCUGCUUUGGGCUGCAUCACCGUUCUGUGCUGAAUUCUGACCGAUAUUGCACAUCGUGGUUGACUGGAAAGAAGCUUAUUCUUUCCACUCGUGGUGUGCUUGAAUCCAGCAGUGGCGCGCCAUCUGGUGGCCUUGUGAAGAAAAGAACGAUAGUGGAGCACAUUAUUCUGCUUAGAGCCAAACCAAACAUCUCCGAUGCUGAAGAAAAGGACAUGCUCGAUUACUUAUAUACAUCUCAGUAUCAGAUGAGAGGGAUACUCGCAGUCUCAUUAGGCCGCAUAGAGGACCCCAAUAGCGAGAACUUCACGCACGCUGUUUUCAUGCGUUUUCAGCAGAAAGAAGACAUUGCAAAGUUCCAGAGUAGUUCAUACUAUUCCAAAAUUCUUGAUGAGCAUGGCUCAGUUUCUGUAGAUUUCGAAUCUGAGGUGGAAGAUGACAUAAUCCCUCUCUUUCGUAGGGGAGAGGAUUUUAACUAUGGUGUCGAGUUUAUGCUGCUGAUAUCUUUCUUGGAGACUUCAUCUAAAGAGGCGAUGGAGGAUGCAUUAGCUUCUCUUCAGAAGUUGAUCAGCCAAUGCAGUUAUUUUAUUGUGCAGGCAACCUUUGGCUGCUGUUUGAAUCAUAUGGACAACGGAUACAGUCAUGCUGCAGUUAUCCGGUUUCCAUCCUUUGAUGACUUCAAGUUGUUCAAGGAGAGCAUCGAGUACAAGGAUAUGUGGGCAUCAAAAUUUCAUCCGAUUGUGGAGAGAUCCCUCCAGCUACAUUUCACCGUCGACCCCGUGGGGAACCAGCUGAUGUAGACAUAAGCAGCAUCCAUUCUGCUCUGAAUUUGCUACAUUGUUGGCAUUCUUUGGGUUACUAAAAUCAGGUUGCUGCAAUGGAAUCUUAAAGUUCAACAGCAGACUGAUCGAUCCUCGUCAGAUGAACACCAAUCUUGCAGGGAGUUCGAUCUCUCCGCCCAUUUGGGCUGGACGGAGUGAAAUCAUUGCACGUUCUGUGCCUUGCUUUUCGGUUAACGAAUUCCUUGUAAUAUAAAACUGUGCUAGUUAUGACGUAACCAUUCACUCGGACUGAGCAGAGGACUUAUGA